CGAGCUCCAUAAAUAAAUCAGAUAUAAAGUGAGGACGGGAACAAAGCGACGCCGGCUUGUUUUUUGUCUCCGUCGUCAGCCACCACCGUAGCCAUUGAAGCAAGCAUGACCAGCUCCUCCGCCACCUCUCGCAAGGCACUUAGCAAAAUCGCUUGCAAUCGGCUCCAGAAAGAGCUUGUUGAGUGGCAGGUCAAUCCACCCGCUGGUUUCAAACACAAAGUCACCGACAAUCUUCAAAGGUGGGUCAUAGAAGUGCAUGGAGCUCCAGGAACUCUCUACGCUAACGAAUCUUACCAGCUUCAGGUUGAUUUUCCUGAGCAUUACCCCAUGGAAGCUCCACAGGUUAUUUUUCUCCAGCCGGCUCCUCUGCACCCUCAUAUUUAUAGCAAUGGUCAUAUUUGUCUAGAAAAUAUGUUAGGGUCUAGCACGGACUUAGCUCAAAAUAAUUUGUACUUGAGAUUGCUGUCUUCAUGCAAAAUUUUGGGUUCCAGGCUCCAGCAUGAUUUAUUUUUAUUUGCACUUGAGCAUAUCGAUGUCAUAAGUCUGGAUUGGGCCUCACAGUGGAGUUCCUGCUAGAUGCAGUCUACCUUGGCUUUGUGCUGAUUGAUUAAUGUUAAAUUUUAUGAUUACUUUAUGCAAAUAUAAUUUAUAUGUAUUUGUAUGCAUAAAUUAUUUGUAAUUUGUGUUGAUUAUUUGCUACUUUAUACAAUGUAUAUUUAUAGGGAUGUUGCCCAGGACAAGCUGGCCAAAAGAGUACUACCAAAUUCAGUGGUUAUCCUUGUUUGUGGCAAUUGUUUAAGCCUCUUAAGCUGUGCUAAAGAGUUUAAUGUGAUCUGAUAGCGCAAUACAUUUUAAGGUUUAGUGACACUGUUAAGUCAAAUCCUGACAUCUCUAAUUUCACACUAGGAACUGUGAGUUGCUUUAGGCUUGAGCUCGUCAGGGCUAUACAGAACAUUAUUGGUUUAGCAACUUAAGUUUAUAUGUUUCUUGGCAAGAUGGCUCAUAGUUUUGAGAGGCACAAGGCACACUUAAGGUGCAAAACAAGGCACAUUGUCUGAGGAAAGUGAGAUGCACCUUUAAGGCACCUGUGCAGUCUUAUGAAGUAUUGAAAAUUUGGAUAUGCACAUAUAUAGUUACUGUUGCAUGUUUAUAAAGCAGAUAAUUGAUUAAUAUAUAUUAUUCUAUUUAUAUUGUAUUACUAUUAUAAUAUCAUACACACAUUGUCAGUGGAACUGUGUAUCUUCAGAUUUUUUAAAAAUAUACACAAAAUACAGCAUAUACACACACACACACACAUACACACACAAGUAUCAGUUUACGAGUUGCUGAAAUACCUAAAAGAAUUUUACAAUAUUUCUCAUUCUAAAAAAUAAAACCCAAAUAAA